AUGAAUUGGAAGAAAGAAAUUGAACAUGUACACUCAAAUGAAGCACUAGAUUCAGAGAAAGCUUUAAAUAAAUAUAAAGAAUUCAUUUUAUCACCACAAACACCAGAUGAUAUUAAAGAAGAUGCAAUUCACAAGUUAGCACAACUCUUGGUAAAGCUGGGCAGAGCCAAUCAAUUGUCGGAACUCUUGAAUACGAUCAGACCAUUCUUUGAUAAGAUUUCAAAGCCAAAGACCGACAGAAUCGUCAGAGCAUUCAUCGACUACGCUCUGCGUAUGCCCGGUAACGAACCAAUCUUGAUCUCCUUCUGCAAAGAGAACAUCGAGUGGUGUAAACAAACCAACAGAGGUUAUCUAAGACAACGUUUAGAGACAAGACUAUACUCUUUGAUGUUUGAUGUUAAAGAUUAUAAUAAUGCUUUGGUUGGAUUGAGUUCAUUGUUGUCAGAGAUCAAAAAGUUGGAUGAUAAACCAUUGUUGGUCGAGAUUCAGUUGAUUGAAAGUCGUAUUCAACACGCACUGAAGAACAUUCCAAAGGCAAGAGCUGCAUUGACCUCUGCACGUACCAACGCCAACACCAUCUAUUGUCCACCCAAACUCCAAGGUGAAAUCGAUAUGCAAUCCGGUAUACUUCAUUCCGAAGAGAAAGAUUAUAAGACUGCCUAUUCAUAUUUCUAUGAAUCGUUUGAAACUUAUGAUACUUUGGAUGAUCCAAUUGCAUUCAAGGCAUUGAAGUACAUGUUGCUCUGUAAGAUUAUGACUAAUCAGACCGACGAUGUGUUUGCACUCAUCAACGGAAAGAUCGGAUUGAAGUACGUCGGUAAGGAAGUCGAGGCAAUGAAAGCCGUUGCCAAGUCUCACGCCAAUAGAUCUCUCUUGGCUUUCGAAGAGACACUCAAUCAAUAUCCACAAGAAUUAAAGAAUGAUGCAAUCAUCCACAAUCAUUUGAAUGAAUUGUAUAAUAAGUUAUUGGAGCAGAAUCUCUGUCGUAUCAUCGAGCCAUUCUCAAGAGUUGAGAUCUCUCACAUUGCCGAUCUUCUCAAGCUACCAGUGCAAACCGUCGAGAAGAAACUCAGUUUGAUGAUUUUGGAUAAGAAGUAUCAUGGUAUUCUAGAUCAAGGUACUGGUACUUUGAUUGUUUUCGAUGAAGCCAAACAAAAUAAAUUAUAUAAUACAUCACUCGAUACUAUCAGUUCAUUGGAUCGUGUUGUAGGAUCACUUUAUGAAAAGACAAACAAGUUAUCAUAA